AUCUGAAUUCUGAAAUUGGACGCCUCUUCAUCCUCUCUUUAAUUUGCAACAUUGUUAUUCUUUCAUAUCAUUUCCGCCCUUUUUUUGGUUCGUUUCUAUCUCGUCUCGUUAGAUACUCCGUAUUUCUCCAUCUAUCGAUCAUCAAUUCAUCAUCUUCAUAAUUAAUAUUCUUUUUUCGGAAAAUUUCUAAUUGAGAGUUGAGCUGAAUUCGAGUUCAGGUUCAGACCUGCUAAUUACGGAUUAUCAUUCAUUGUUUCCGAUCGCGGCGGCGGCAUAAACCUUUUCGGGCUUGUUUGGUUGCACAGAGGCGGUUCCGCCGGUCCUAUAUAUGUACAACUGUAAUUCAGGGCCAGGAUUGGGAAUUGGAAGACCUAGGAUUUCAUCGGAAUAGGCAUGGCUGCUGCGACUGAAAGACAUGCCAUCGGGAGACCCACAAAUCCGAUGGUUACUCCUCUCUUAACGGACCUCUACCAGUUUACCAUGGCCUAUGCUUACUGGAAAGCUGGUAAACACACUGAGCGAGCCGUCUUUGACUUGUAUUUCCGGAAGAAUCCAUUUGGGGGAGAAUACACAAUUUUUGCAGGGUUGGAAGAGUGCAUAAAGCUUAUUGCUAAUUUUAAACUUACAGAGGACGAGAUUGCCUUUCUCAGAGAGUCAUUGCCUGCAACGUGUGAGGAUGGGUUCUUUGAGUACCUACGGAACAUUGACUGUUCAGAUGUUGAAAUAUAUGCCAUAUCUGAAGGAUCAGUCGUCUUCCCUAAGGUGCCACUAAUGAGGAUUGAAGGACCAGUUGCUGCGGUUCAACUGUUGGAAACGCCAUUUGUAAAUCUCAUAAAUUAUGCAUCCUUAGUUACCACCAAUGCUGCAAGGCAUCGCUUUGUUGCUGGGAAGGGUAAAUUACUUCUUGAAUUCGGACUCCGACGAGCGCAGGGCCCUGAUGGUGGUAUAGGGGCAUCAAAGUAUUGCUACAUGGGAGGAUUUGAUGCAACUAGUAAUGUUGCUGCUGGAAAGAUAUUUGGGAUUCCGCUUCGUGGGACACAUUCCCAUGCCUUUGUUAGCUCAUUCAUGAGCCCAGACGAGAUUGUCGAGAAAUCCCUUCAUAGGAGUGAUGGUUCUAGCGUCUGUGAUGACUUUGUUAGUCUGGUGCAAGCAUGGUUGAUUAAAUUGAAGUGGUCAAACUUACUGGGUGGAACCUUUGGUGAGACAAAUCAGAGUGAGUUAGCAGCAUUCACAUCGUAUGCACUUGCAUUUCCUGGCUGUUUUUUGGCCCUUGUGGACACGUAUGAUGUUAUUAGAAGUGGCAUUCCGAAUUUUUGUGCUGUUGCUCUUGCACUUAAUGAUUUGGGGUACGAAGCUGUAGGCAUUAGGCUAGACUCUGGAGACCUUGCAUAUCAAUCUUGUGAAGCCAGGAAAUUUUUUUGCGCUAUUGAACAAGAGUUUGGAGUGUCUGGCUUUGGAAAGAUGAGCAUCACAGCAAGCAAUGACCUCAAUGAGGAAACUCUGGAUGGGCUGAAUAAACAGGGUCAUGAAAUUGAUGCUUAUGGUAUUGGAACUCAUUUGGUCACAUGCUAUGCACAACCAGCUCUAGGUGUUGUCUUCAAGUUGGUUGAAAUAAAUAAUCAGCCUCGAAUUAAGCUUUCCGAAGAUGUUACCAAGGUCUCUAUUCCUUGCAAAAAGCGCUGUUAUAGAUUGUAUGGGAAGGAAGGAUACCCUCUCGUGGACAUAAUGACUGGGGAAAACGAACCCUCUCCUAAGGUAGGUGAACGGAUCCUUUGCCGACAUCCAUUUAGUGAAUCCAAAAGAGCUUAUGUGGUACCUCAGCGUGUAGAGGAACUUUUGAAGUGUUACUGGAGUGGUUCAUCAGAUAUAGAAAGAGAGAGUCUCCCACCCCUUAAGCUUAUCAGAGAACGUUGCGUCGAGCAUUUGAGUCAAAUGAGACCCGACCACAUGAGAAGGUUGAACCCAACUCCUUACAAGGUCAGUGUGAGUGCGAACUUGUAUGAUUUCAUUCAUUUCCUGUGGCUCAAUGAAGCGCCGGUUGGAGAGUUGCAGUAGUAUCAAAUGCCAAAGCGCCUCCUGUUGUACG